AUGAACAAGGAGGCGUUUGACAAACUUCCUCUUGAUAAGAAGAAGAUUAUAGAGGCGGCGUACUUCAGUACUGUUCGUAAGGAGAUAUCGGCGUCUCAGUUUUUUGGGGUGUGCAGGGGAGCACUAAGCAAGGAACAGUUUGAAAGUUUGUUUUCGAGCAAUAUGGGGGGAGGGCCAAGCAAGGUACAGGAGGAAAUAAAGACAGAGCAUCUGCAGGAUAUUAUCCAGUACUCUGGAGUUGAUUUGAAGGAGGAGGCUGAGCAAAUAGUGAGGGAUGCCGAGACGAAUGUGAAUUUUGGAGAGUACGAUGAUGAAGAUGUGAAUGGCCAGAUGAGCAGUUUGCUCAAUGUGCAGCUGUUUAGGGAAUUUAUCAUGAGGGCAGGAAGCUCAAGAAAAGUGAUGAUUGGGGAGGAGUCGCUAUUGCUGCUUUUCCAGGUGAUCAAGAGAAAGAUGAUUGACUUUAUUGAGAAGAUGGAAAGCGCAAGCAGGAACAGGGUGGAGUAUAACUUAUCUGAGUUUAUCAUCAGAAUAAACAACGAUCUCAGCAGACAGCUUUGGUGUCUUGAGCAGAUAGAGAAGACAGAGAUGGAGAAGUUUAUGAUUAAGAAAGGAGAAGAGGAAGGAAAGAAGAAAGUGAAGAGGACGAUUCAGGAGAGGGAGGACCUGGUGAUUAAGAAGCGAAUGAGCAACACAGUUGCAUUGGCGGCGCUUGGAAUACAGCAGAAGUCGUGGAUGAGUGCAGAGGAUGUCAGGAUGAAUGAAGAAAAUACAUCUUUCAACUCGAUAUAUUCGCCGUUUGACGAAAAGGCAUUGGAUCGAAAGGUUCAGAACAGGACGAUUACGAUGAAGGACUUUUUGUAUGUUCUUGAGAGGGACAGAAGAUAUAACAAGUCGAUAUUUACGAUUCAGCAUUAUUUUAGAUGA